AAGAGCGACAACCUACCUUGAAUAAUGCAUCAUCAUUUUUGAAACUACUGGAAUCGACAAUAACAUCCCCAUGCAUACCUAGCUCCAACUUCCAUUCUUUGAUUUUCGUUUGAAAAAUAAAAAAUUUUGAAAGAUCUUCAUGGCAUCAAUAGAGUUUGCACCCAAUAAGCAAGGGCAACUGCCAACUUCAACCAGUUCUAUAUGGAGCACCACACAAAGUGAACAGCAGUUGGUAGAGGUCUCAACAAAGAAAGCAUAUUUACAAAGGAGACCUACCAGAAGAAGAAUAGAAUGUUCAUUGACAGUCUCCAUCAUUCUCUUAGCAAUAGUAGCUUCCAUACUCAUCUUUGUAACUGUAUAUUAUUUCAAACUCAAGGAUCAAAUUGGCAGUCUAUGUCUAAGUGCCCAGUGCAUACAUUCAGCUUCCAGUCUACUCUCAUCAAUGGACAAAAGCACACAUCCCUGCGAUGACUUCUUCCGAUUUGUGUGUGGGAAUUGGCAUCAGGAGCAUCCAAUUCCUCAGACCAGUGUCAACACAGACUGGUUCACCGAAAGAAGUGAUCGUGCUAUUUCUGCCAUCACAUAUUUUCUCCAGAAAAAUGACUCAGACUCAGAACCAGAAGCUGUCCAUCAAUCAAGGACUAUGUACAGAGCGUGUCUUGAUACUGAAACCCUAGAAGAACUGGGUCUGCAACCCCUGAGCGACAUCCUGGAAGAAAUCGGGCUGACUCUAGUUCCCUCUGUGAACGAGUCGAGUUACUACAGUGACGUAAGCAUCAGCCGCAUGAUAGCCCUGGCCAAGGUCAGCACCACCAAAGAUCUCUUCCUGCAUGCUGGUGUCUAUGCUGACGUAUUCAACAGAACCAACAACAAGAUCACAGUGGCUGUGCCUGAGAGCAAGUCUAUGCUGCCCAGUCAUAAAGGAAGAAACGCAAGACACAGAACUGUGGAAAACAAACUAAGGAAAGCGUUGGUAGGAGGUGACGUUCAUGUCAUAAAGUCAUGGAGGAGAUACAUCAAUAUGGUCGUCAAAUACAUUUACACUGAAAAUAAUGUUACUGUAACUGACGAGGAGUUUCAGAAUGUGACCAACAAGAUAUUGGACAUGGGAUUACAUGUACAAAAGCUACUGACUGAUAAGAACAUAUCGGGAGAAGAAAUCGAGAAGCCUGACUCAAUGUCCCUAUCAGAACUACAGAACCUCACAGACGCCGCUGCAACUGCCUACAAAUUGGAACCAAAGAUAGACUGGCGUGAAUACUUGCAGACAGCUUUUGAUAACGCAAACACAACUGUGGACCUAGAUGAGGAGGAAAUCUAUGUUUAUGGCAUUGAUUAUUAUAAAUCAAUAUCGAAAAUAUUGGCCAAUCAUACUGAUUACGAGAUAGCCUUGGGAAUGUGGUGGGAGUUAGUAUACACAUUGACACCCUAUGCUAAUGAAGAUUUGCGAACUAUGAGAAAUAUAUUCUUGACUGAAGCCUUGGGAGAGCCUUCCCCACUACCCAGAGAGAGCUAUUGCGCAGUCGCGAUUUGGUCAAUUAUGGACAUAGCAAUAGCCAGUGCAGCUGCUGAUGAGUAUCCCCAAGUUGAAAAAACCAAAAAAGAGGUGAAUCAGAUGAUUGACAACAUACAAUCAUCCUUCUAUUAUUACGUGAGUAAUGCACAGUGGAUUGACGCUGAAACAAAGAAGGCAAUCAUUGAAAAAGGAAAGGUGAUUAGGAGGAAUAUAGGAUUUCCAGAAUGGGUCAUGAACAAGGAAGAUAUUGAUCUGUAUUAUGAGAAUCUCACUGUAACAGAGGAUGAACAUAUGUACAAUUUUCUGCGAGUUGUACAAAUGGCUAACAAGAACAUGUAUGCCACAUUGUACACUAUCAACAACUAUACAAGUGCCGAAUUCGACCCAAGAGAAGUGAACGCACUUUAUAUCCCACAAGAAAACUCCAUAAAACAGACAUAA